CUGUCUGGCAGUAUGCAUAUAAUACAGACUAUUUAUUACUGCAUAUCCGGGGUGAGUCACUUUCCUUGUCUAUAAAUUCCUUUGAACCGCCCACCUUCCUUUUUGUGCUUGAUUUCCCAGGCUUUUAUCAAACAUGGCUCCUGUCAACCAGAAUUGGACUUCCUUCCAAGACAUCGACCCUGAAAGUGACCAUGCAAGAAGAAUACGAACAGUCCUUCAAAAAGCAAAUUUCAAUUACCUCUCCUUCAAAGUCGUAGAGAUCCGUAAACAAGAGGAACCGCAGCUCCGGGACACACCGACCUGCUUUGCCGAUACCACGAAAUUCACAUCUGGAUAUUGUAAUCUGGUGGUUGCAUUGACCUUUUCGGAUUCGGUUCAAUGGGUUGCGAGGAUCAGGUUACCCCAGGAUCCUCUUGAAGACCCAGAUAUGUCUAUUUCGAUGUUGAGUGAGACAUCCACCAUGAACGUGAUCCGCGCCAAAACAUCAAUCCCCGUCCCUCGUGUUUUCGGGUACUCCGAGAACAUGAAAGAUGACUUCGGGUACCCCUAUGUCUUGAUGGAAGCCCUUCCCGGAAACAUCUUAGACAGAGGCAUGGCUCUCUCAAUACCCGAUGCUCACGAGGGGAAGUUCACAGCUCAGCUAGCAGCCUCCAUCCACGAACUGAGUACAAUCCGCAGCAACCAGAUCGGCCGCAUCUUAUACACGACUGAUCCUGACCAGCUUGAAGUGUUGCCAUUUCCCAUCAUGUGCUAUCAGUCUCCCAUCGGUCCCCUAUCCACAUCGCUGGAUUAUUUCUAUCGCCUUCGCAAAGAUCAAACAAAGGCGAUUCUCAACGGCCAUAGAGACUUUCUCCAUCAAGCCGGCGAGAAAGAGUAGGGAGCGGUUGCUUGGUUUCUAGAGAAGUCGUUA